GUGUCUGUCUGUCUGUCUGUCUGUCUGUGUGUAUCUUGCGUGUGUUUUUCAGGUGUGUGUGCCUGUGUGUAUUUCAGGUGUGUGUUUCUCAGGUGUGUGUGCCUGUGUGUUUCUCAGGUGUGUGUGCCUGUGUGUAUCUCAGGUGUGUGUUUCUCAGGUGUGUGAUUCUCAGGUGUGUGUGUCAGGUCGGACCGGUUGUGCAGCCUCAGCACCCGGACUCGUCUCAGAGCAGCUCCUUCACUCCCCCGGGUUAAACCUGCUGUUUGUUCAGAGGCUGGGUUUAGACCGACAGGAUCCUGGACCCAGAAAGCAGCAUGAUGUGGAUUAGCGGCUCAGUUCUCCGGCAGACCAGGUUCUGGCCAUGCUGGACCUGAACUCCUGCUUCUGGAGACCCUUACCCUCCGGUCAUGAGUCUGCUGCUGAUGGUCCUGCUGUACGUUACUGAAUGUGUGUUCACGCUGCCGGCUCCCAGCAGAGUCUUCAUGGAGUCUGUUGACAUGAGGCACGUCCUGAAGUGGCGCCCCCUGCAGGCAGCGUGCAGCACUGCAGUCCAGUACAGCGUCCAGUUUCAGGGAGAGUUCGAGUUGUCGGUGCUGAACGGCAGCUGGGUCGACGCCCCCGAGUGUCAACUGACCUCUGACCCUCGCUGUGACCUGACCUUUGACCUCGGCUCCGACUCCAACUACAGCCUGCGGGUUCGAGCGUGUUGCGGCGCCGCCACCUCGGCCUGGACCGAGCUCGGACUGCCGUUCAACCGCAGAGACACGGUCCUGACGGCUCCGGAGAUGUCGGUGACGGCGGUCGGUGACUCUCUUGAGGUGUCGUUCAGGAAGCUUCCUCUCAACGCCGCCGUCCAGGUGACGGUGUGGAGGAGAGACCACGAGGUCAGAGGCUGUGGUGCACUGGAUGCCGGCGGAGCAGCGCUUGCUGUCGGUGUCUGGCCUGCAGGAGGCGCUGUACUGCGUCCGGGCUCAGACCGUCCUGCAGGAUCAGCUCCGGAGCGACAGCACCGACAAACACUGCGUCUCCAUCACAGGUCCAGACGCCCCCUGGAGGAAGCCGACGGCGGUGUCACUGAGCGUCGUCUUCACGGCCGGCUUCCUGCUCGCGGUCUUCUGGUGCGUCGCUCACUGCCGUCCGGAUCGCUGCAAAACGUUUUUCCGUAAAGAGCCUCUGCCACACACACUGAGACCUGAUUGGGUGAUUCAGAUCCCUAUGAGCCCGGAGGAGGAGGAGCUUUGUGAGCGGAUCCAGGUGUGCGCCAACCCUAAAACCUGCCCCCCUGAGGACCUGCGACCCUGAAGAGACACGGCUCGCCUGCAGUCCAAAACGCAGAUUCUUGGAUUUGGUGAAGCAUGUUUUGAGUCUGUGGUGCAUUCAAAUCUGGUGGGAAAGAAAGUGGAAACAAGCCAAAUACAAAAAGAGAGACAGUCUUUUUGUAAUCUGCCUCAGAGUAGGGAUGUCACAAGAGUGGAUGAUUGAGGCUAACGGGGCCCAGUUGCCCGGGGAACAUGGUAAAACAUCUUGUGAUGAAGUCAACUCAAUAUCAAAGGGAGGCAUCCUAUUCUAUCCUGAUCAUUCUACAUUGUGACCAACACACCUGUGUUUGAAUCUGCAGGAGAGGAAGUAGGCGUUAGCUGUUAGCAGCGCCAGGUUCCAUAUCGGGCACCAUGGUGCGUUUAAGUCUUAUGAAGUAAUAAUGAGUGUGGGACAAAGCUACACCGUUAUCAAGAUGUGUUCAAAUGUUGAAAUAUGAAGAAGUACAUUGUUUACAGUAGUGUGGUUGUACUCUUGGUCUUGACCUCGACCUCUUAAACUCCUGGUCUUGUUACACUCUGGUCUUAGUCAUGACUUGGUCUCGGUUAAGGUGGUCUUGAUUACAACAGUAGUUUACAGCAUUAGCAAAUACAUAUUAAAGAGGGCUUUAUGACCUCAUUAACUUCCUAACAUAACAUGCUAACAGUAUUGUAUAAGGAGUGUAUAGUGAAGUACAUUCUGGAUAUUAGAUUUUGUUUUGAGAGUACAUCCAAAAGUUUCUGAGAAGAUGCCGAUGAGCUAAAUCUGUAGUUCAAUCAAAUCCUGUGGAAAAACAUGGAUGGAGACCAAAGGAAAACCGCACCAAAACAACAACUGAGGCCUGCUCUAUGAAGACGGUUCAACUUUCCCACAAUAUCUUUCU